UUCCCAUUUUUCGAAUGUUUUAUGAUUAAGUAUGGACUCGGUUUAAGCGUGAAGACUUUAGGAAGUUGUUUUACAAUCAUUGAAAACGCGCAUUAUGUGGACAUCGUCGGAUUAUACGCCUCUGUUCUUGUGACUCGCUGCUGCUCAAAGAGUAUGGGUGUAACUAAAUAUGAGGUCACUCGCGUGUUACAUCACGUACUUCGUAACUAGACUGUGUACAGGUCUUUGAGUCGAGAUAUCGUUUGUACACAGUUUUAUACCAGCGGAACGGUUCUGUCGCAGUUUCUUCUGAAGACGCUUGCUACCGUAUGUUCGUAGUGUUGGAAAUGCCUUUUCAUGCCCGAGUGCGUUAGUUCAUUGGUUUGCCAAUGUGUUCGCAAUGGGUGACGGUGUGUUUUGCGUGUUUACAUUGUGAAGGUGUACGUUCCUGUUCCUCGUCGUAAAGUUAACCCUAUGUGACUAAUAAAAUUGCAGAAAGUGAUAUUUGAACUAAUAAAUUAUUUCGCAUAGUCCUACGCCAUUCAGCUAACCAAUCUGAAAUUAUGAACGCCAGGUCUCAGACACUAGAACUGACUGUAGAACCCAGGCAGGUAAAGGAAGCUGUAGCUAGUUUAUUUCAUACAGUUCUUUUUCACCGAACAGUGGGAAAGUUUGAAUUCAUUCCUGAAACACCACGCUAUACAGUUGGAACUAUUGGAUUCUGUGAUGUGGAUUGUGAUUUUAUAGAUCUUACCUAUGUUUGUUGUGAUUCCGAGGAUUUAGAUCGCAAUUUGAAGAAAGAAAUUUCGGCGUUUUCGGACUCCCUACAUAGGAGUGCACAGCAGACCACUGGGCAAAUAUCGUUGGAAUUUUUCCAGCGGAAGAAAAACAGGUGGCCAUUUCCUAUAGAAAGUACUUGGGAAGUGUGGACGGUACGUGUGGAAAUUAUUAGAUUGAACAGUGAAUACGAAAGAGAACUAUCAAGAGAGAAAGUUGGUGAUAUGUUGACCGAAAAAAUACUCUAUAUUGUCGAAGUAAUGAAUAGAAACUCAUAUAUUCCAGAAUUUCCUGUUGAGGCAGAAGUGGAUCUUGUUUUUGAUACAACGUAUGAGGGGAUCCAGCCAUACUUAUUUAAGUUAUCACAUACAUUAGCAGGUCCCCCGAACAAUACUGUUGGUUUAACAAUGAAGAAACUGUGGAAAGAAACUCUUACCUAUUGAAUUUUUGUGUAUUAGGUAUUUUUAUUCAGCUCGAUGUUAGUAAACUUCUUUGGCAACUACUGAAAUAUCACUUUUGUAUAAACACUCUUUUUAUUUAUUACACAUUUAGUAUGUUUGUAUAAAACUCGUGGACUUUUUGCUGUUAUGUCAAAAAUUAUACUUGUCAAAAUUCCAGUGUUUAAAACUUUGUUAUAUCAGGUAGGUGCAGUUAACAGUAAGUAAUAAAUAGUGAAUUUCAAAAUAGCUAAGUUUGUGUUGCUCUUUGUUUUGUAAGCUUGUCUAAACAUUAAACUACUUUCAAAAGUUGAAUCAACACAGUAAUGAGAUGCUGCAGAUCUACAGUAUAUGGUUUAUUCAAUGGAAGUUACAUUGCAAUAGAUGUAAAAGACUCUGUGUAUCAUAAGUAGACCUAGAACAAGUAGAUUUCUGUAUUGGUUGUGGUAAUUGGUGUAAUGCAAUAUAUCAAUUCAGUUCCACGUAAAUUGGAACUCUGUUUUGGUAGAGUUGUCACAUAAGGAUUUGAUUUGUUUGUAUAAACUAUAAUGAAA